ACACACGAUUCACAGGAGACGACAGAAGAUAAAUCUGAUUCUGUGCUUUUCAAAUGUUUUUCAAUUAAAAUACUAAUAUUGAAGUAACAUGAUUACAGUAAUGCAAAGUAAGAGUGAGGUGGAGUAAAAGUAUAAAGUUUCUUAAAAAGAAAAUACUUCAUACUUGAGUACAUGUACAUGGUUACUUUCCUCCUUUGGACACCACGGAUCUGCUCAGUAAAUGAAAUGUGACGUGAUGAAAGUAGUUCUCAGUGCUGUAACCGUUACCUCCUGUAGUUCCUGGGGAUCCUGGUGGUCAUCCUGCUCCUGCAGAUCGCCGCUGGAGUCGUGGGAUAUAACUUCACUGACAUGGUGAUGGAGAGGACGGAGAGGCUGAUGAUGAAGGCCAUCGUCAGAUACAGGGAGGACCGGGACCUGGAGAACGCCAUCGACUUCAUCCAGAAGAAGUUUCAGUGCUGCGGCGUGGAGAGCUUCAUGGACUGGUCCCGUAACGUCUACUUCGGGUGUUCGGACUCGAACCCCAGUCUGGAGGCCUGCGGAGUUCCUUUCUCCUGCUGCAUCCUCCUGCAGAACCAGACGGUGCUGAACACCAUGUGUGGUUAUGGGAUGCAGGAGCAGGAGGAACGUGUUGCCGCUCAGGACGUUUUCACCAUCGGCUGUUUGGAGAAAAUCGUCUGGUGGACCAAGAAAAACCUGCUGCUGGUGGCCGGUCUGACGGCUGGUCUGCUGCUGCUCGAGGUCUGUAUGAUCAUUCUCGCUGCUGCUCAGACCUCCAGGAUCAAGAAGGCCCGAGGGCAGCAGAGAGCGAGCGCAGAGAGGAGCCGGUCGGAGAGGAAGGAAAGUGUCUGGCUUCCUGCGUUUGCAAACUUCGACGAGGACGAAUAGAGUCGAGUUGUGACGGAUGUGGAUUUGUUGUGGUGACGGAUCAAUAAUCAAUAGAAACAUGUAUAAUAACGACAUCAGAAUGUGGAUGGAGCGUUUACACUGUGAAUCUGAGGCUCCACAUAUCAGCAGGAUGAUCUACCUCAUGUGAAAUCCUCUUUAUGUCACAUCUCUUAUUAGAAUAAGUUUUUAUAUCAUUAGCACUCAAACGACUUUUACUUGUUGCUUAUAAAAUAUUUAGCGUUUGUGAUUCAUCACUGUCAUGAAUCAAUCUUGAGCUGCAGUGUGAAAAGAUAUAUUUUUAUAUUUCAAAAAUCUGUUGUAGAGAAAUUCAAAGUGAACAACAACAUAUGUGUAUUUUCUAUAUUAAAGCUUCUUUGUUCUCUUGGUGAA